CCGGCGGGCUGCACCAGUCUCCCGAGCUCGCUCCGCCGCCGCACUCCUCCCGGACGCCAGCUCCUCGCCAUGAAGGGCCACCUGAUCGCCGUCGCGUGCCUCCUGGCAGUGAUUGCCGCCGUCUCCGGCGACGAAUCAGCACCCGUAGGUGCGCCGCAUGAGCAGAGGCCCUUCCUGAGACCCCAGCCGCAGCCAGGCCGCCCGCUGCCCUACCCUCUGCGCAGGCAGAGCAGCGGACUGGACCGCGCCCGGCAGGCCAUCUCCGGCUUCAUGCAGAACAUCAUGGACGCCGGCCGCCGGUUCCGGCGCAUGGCCAGCGCCCGGCUCUUCACCAUGUUCAACCGCCGCUCGCUGCGGCGAUCGCAGAGGCAGCAGGUGCGCACGCCCUUCCGGCAGCAGUAGAGGUCCCGGCAGCUCGUGAUCCAGCUGGACUCUCAGCGUGGCCAGGAAACAGGCCACGGACCUUGCCAGCGAUCGGCCGGCCCGACAGCAGGUGGUAGUUCGCACUCCGGCCGUACGGCAGCGCUCGCGGCGCCGUGCUUGGGCUGGAGCGCCUCGGUCGGCUGCAGCUGCGAGUUCGCGGGCUCCGCGCUCGUCCAAUUGUCUUGUCUUGUUGUAGGAAUCAGGCUUCAUCGUCAUGUGCGUUAAGUUUGCGGUUGUUGUUACUCGAGUUGUUGGGCGUCCUUGUUGUCCGAUGCGUCCAGCCACGAGACUUGCUGCGCUCCUCUAUCUCAGGAAGAUGUGUCUCCGUUUCCGAUAAGUAGAUGCUUGUUUUUAAGAUUGACACUCGUAGUUUGCUUUCCGCAACGACGUCAUCUGAGCUUGAUUCCUUAGUGCGUAGAAAGAUUCUUAGUUCCGACUGUUUUCUGCUGUCCGACUUCUUGAGCCAGCAGUCAGGCCGUGCAUUUGUACAUAUUUAUUUCAUGUGACAUUUGCUUUAUAAAGACGUGCCCAGACGAUGUUGUUCUGUUGUCUGUUUUCAUCCGUUAGCUGAAAUAAGAAAUACACAGCGAUUAACAUUCUA